UUGAAAUGUACGUCAUGACGGCACUGUUGUGACGUGGGAUGUGACAGGAUGGACACGGAUUUGUUGGAACCAACGCUGUAUACUGUGAAGGCCAUUGCCAUUUUAGACAAUGAUGGAAAUAGAAUUUUAGCAAAGUAUUAUGACAACACUUUUCCCACUGUCAAAGAACAGAAGGCAUUUGAAAAGAAUCUUUUCAACAAGACACACAGAGCAAAUGCUGAGAUCAUCAUGCUUGAUGGGAUGACCAGUAUCUAUAGAAGCAACGUUGACCUCUAUUUUUAUGUGAUGGGAAGUAGCCAUGAGAAUGAGCUUAUACUAAGUAGCGUCCUUAAUUGCUUGUAUGAUGCCGUUGGGCAAAUUUUACGCAAAAAUGUGGAAAAGAAAACACUUUUUGAAAACUUGGACAUCAUCAUGUUAGCCAUAGAUGAAAUAUGUGAUGGAGGUAUCAUACUUGAAGGAGAUCCAUCAGCUGUUGUACAAAAAGUAGCUUUAAGAACAGAUGACAUUCCAUUAGGAGAGCAAACAGUUGCACAGGUCCUACAAUCAGCAAAAGAACAGCUAAAAUGGUCUCUUCUGAAGUAGCUUUUCAUUUCUCUGUCAUAAACAGUCAUGGUUUAUUAUAAUUAAUAUAGCACACAUAUUACUUUGGUUUAAUCAACUUGUAAUUUCCUUUAUUGCCUUAGUCAAGGAAGUCAAAUAAACAUAUUGUAAAAACAUUCUAUUCACAAGAGUAAAUAAAGACUUAGUCUUCUCUCUCUUUUU